CCAGAAGGAAACCCGAUAAAGUCACGUGACGGCCGAAGUAUAAUCAGUCGUUUUCACAACUGUGCGACAUAAGUUUAACAUCCAGAGACAGUAAUUCUUGCCAAUCUUGAAGAAACAUUUUUUGUUUUCCGAAAGGACUUUUGUGACUGAUUGUACAAAUAUAACUAUGCCAAGGGGACGCCCGAAGAGCAAGGUGGGGAAGAACAGGCGAGAUGUGCGGGUAAUAGACCGGAAGCCGAUAAGGCCGCUGGAACGCCAAAAGAUGCGGCCAUGGCUGGUAAACCUUCUGGACUCAGGGGAGUGCCGGCAGCUGGCGUGGUACAAGCGCCGGGAGAACCUGUUUCGGGUGCUGUGGAAGCACGCGGCCGGACAGACGUUCAAUCCUGAUAACGACGCAUGCCUCUUCCAGCGAUGGGCCAUGCACACAGGUAAAUUCUACCAGGGCGAUAGGCCCGAUCCUAAGAAGUGGAAGGCUAACUUCAGGUGCGCGCUGCAUUCCGUGCCGGAUGUGGAGGAGGACAAGUCUCUACGCGUGAAACGGGGAAACAACGCCUUCAGGGUCUAUAAGCUGCUCGAACAUAAGAAGCAGAAGACUGCUGUUGCUCCAAAAAAGAUCAAGAUAGAGGUUCUGGACUCGGAUGAUGAGUAUGACAACAUCGCGUUCCUGCAGCACCUAAAGUCGACAUCGCGGCUUGAUGAUGGCGGAUUGAGCGACGGGUACAGCCCCUCACACGAAAGUAGCCAUUCCUCGGACUGGGAGCUCGCGGACACGCGCAACCAGGCUGAAGUGCAGCGCUCGCCGCUAAGAGAGGAGUCUGAACCAGAGGAGGAGCAUUCGCCGCUCCCCAAGUUUGAGGAGCUUGGCCAGUUUCCGCUCAGCAGCGGAAGCGGGUCUAUGUACAAACCGUCCGCCCCUGUACUGACCAUUGAGGAGAACGUCCCGUCCGCUGCCGUUGACUCCCUUGCCUUUGACGAUGGUCAAAUCAACUACACGUUGAGCGUGCAGCAGCUUGGUGAGGACAACUACCAGAUCAUCGACAUGGGCUGGUCGUACGAGCAGGAGGGUCGUAUAAUCGAGGAGUACUCGGACAGUCAGCUGGGCCAUUCCAUUCCCGACUUCUCAGAGGUUACCAUGGAGGAUAUGGACGUGGACGUUACGGAGGAGGAGGUGAUCACAUCCGGUCCGCCCGUCAUCGUCCUGGAUGAGGAGCCUGAGACAGACUUCCAGGAGUACACGAGCAUCCAGGGUUUAUGAAUGCAAGAAACAUUGUUAUCACGAAACCACGCUGCGACCUUGUAUCAACCUAGGGGACUCGUUAUGUGUAGUCAUGUUUGCUUGUACAAGUGACUUUUAAUCAUGAGAGUUGAACUGUUUGUCAUAUGGUGACGAAUAUCGGUAUGGGCUUGCCCCGGAGACCGCUGGUGGUCGAUGGAGACCUGGGGUCUGGGCAUACUGGAUGCGCCUGCCGGGUCAUAGGCCACACGGAAUGGACGAGGUGCUGGUCACUGGCUUCCUGUACACCGAGCUGCGUGGUCGUGUAAAGAGGCAGGACUUCAAACGACUGGGUUGGAUUGUUAGGUCCUGGGUCGACACUAGAGGGAUACAGAGAUGACAAAACAUUUCUCAUGGAAGUUUCAUUUCACAUUGACUGAGUGAUCAUCUUCUUCCCCGUAAACAUGUUCUAUUUACCAAUAAUUCUAUUUUUGUAGGAAAUUUAACGAUCUCGUAGAUAUGUGUUUUUCAUGUUUGAGUUAUUUGUCCUGCAAUAUUAUUUAAUCAUGCCAAUUGCCAAUGAUAAUUAAUCUAUAUUUUAUUCUACCAGUGAAGAGUACACAUUGGUUUAACAAAGUCUUUCUAUGCUUGCAGUUUACUAAUCAGUGAUUGUUAAGUUAGUAUAAAAUAUGUAUUUGUGUUUAAGAUCUGUGCAAUACCUGUUAUGAAUUUAAGUUCAAUAUCUAAAAUGUACAUGUGAUAAGAAAUGUUUGUAUACAUGUAUAAACGAAAUGUAUAUCAAAUGCUUCAAUGUGUUGUGUAUCUAUAUACAUUACAUAAUGAUGGAACAGUUUUAAUAAUAAAAUGAUGAGACAAAUUCUG